CGACCCUGCACGUAGCAGGGAGAUGGAACUGGAUGAGCAUUGUGGGCCUUUGCAACCCAGGCCAUUCUCUGAUUCUUCGAUUCUCUUAGGUAUUCCGGUGCUGUGACGUGUCGCACGUAACGAUCCCAUAAAUCUGAUGACAAAAGCCGUAAGAAUAAUGCUGUGAGAAGGGAGCGGAGCCACGCAGAGCUGCGGGCUGCAGGACGGCCAUCGGGUCGCUGUGUUUGCUGUUACUGAUGGGGUGGUAUAUUUAGAGCAUGACUUCAACUUCUGAGCACAUUGAGCUGCUGUGGUAGUGUGGAAGGCUUCCUUUUAACACAACAGGUCCAAACGGUGUGUAAUUAUUAACUCUGGCUGUAUGGGCAUUUUAUCUGAAGCGAUUCAGCAUUGACGUGGCACAGGCUUUGAUAAGAGCGUGGCUUUCACCUUUUGUGUGUAAUGAACCUUCAUUCAAAUAGUGAUUGUGACAAUGGGAGCAGCUGCUGGGGCACAGAUCCUCUGCACACCGUGGGUUUGGGAUGGAGGCUGAGCAGUGAGGUGGUGGUUUCAUGUGGGGUUUUUUCAGUUCCUGCAGCAGCUGCCAGUGGUUCAGUGCCACAAGUCCAGUGUCAGUAUCUCAAAGUGCCAGCCAUGUGCUUUGGUUGUACUCUCCCUUUCAUUAGAACAGCCCGACACAGCUGGGUUUGUUCCCCCCAGGAGCACUGAGGGGAUGAUGCCUGGUGUGGCCUUUGGCUUUGGUGGCCAUUGGGGUUUUCACUGUGUUUCGGUGUGCCUCCAGAAACGGCCACAGACCAAAGCAGAGCAAAGCAAAGAUUAUCAUCCUUUUUUUUUUUUCCUUUUUUUUUUCCUUUUUUUUUUUUUUUUUUUCUCUAGGCUGGAAGCAGAGAACUUGUAGCGUUCUGAGUUCUUGGGGCAAAGGUUUUCCUGCUGCUCGGUCCAUUUUGUCCAGGAGGGAGGGGAGAGCAAAUGAUUGGAGAAAGCAAUCCUCCUCCUCUUUGCUUCAUUAAAUUCUCAUCCACAGAGCUGACAGUGCUUGGUACGGCCGCACCGUGCUGCUGUGCAGGGCAAAGGGGUGGCACUGCUCCUGGGGAUCUCCUCCUGUCCGUGUGUGCAGCAGUGGGGUGGCACAGUGAGCACCUGCACAGCUGUGCUGCUGCGCUGCCGCCGACACAGACUGCAUCCCGGCAGUAAGUGCUGCUGGUUGGGCUGUGUGCGUGCUGUGAGUGCUCCAGGUGUGCGUGGGGUGCUGGGCUCUGUGCACUGCGUGAGCUGGGAGUGGGGCAGAGGAGUCCUGGUGUGGGAGGUGACAGCUGGGCUGUGUCACUUUGUGUCACCCCACGUCACCUCACUCUGCCCAGGGCUCCCCAUGGCUGCAGAGCACUGCGCGCCUCCUCCUGUCUUCUCUGAGUGCCCCUCUGCAUGGAGGCACGCCUGCUUUUUGUCCCUAUUUUCAGGGGGAUUGCAGAGGCGAUUGGAUCGCUGUCUGUUCCUUUUUCCUGUUGCCAGCCUGUUUGGAUUCUUGCCUGCAGGCCGGUGGCAUUUGGGUACAUCUCUGCUUUGUGGAGAACUGGCAGGGAGGAGUGGGCACCCAUGUUGCGUGUGGAGCACGCUCUCCUGUGGUGUAUGGACUGCAGGGGUGGCUGUGCUUAGAAGGCGCUUCAGCUGCCAGUCUGAGGAAGGCUGGAAAUCAUGUGAGAGCAUGAGGAGCAGAGGGAGAGUGCAUCUCGUGCCCGUGUGUAGGAAAUAAGAGAUGAGGUGUUUGCUAAGUCAUCUUCUCAAGGCUGCACUUCCUGUGCUGGGACAGAGGGAGGAGGGAGGGGGGCUUUUCUCUAAUUCACAGCUGAGGAAGCCAAGGUAAAGGGCAGCCACUCAGCAUUUCUGAGUGUGCAACUAUGGGCAGAGGUGAACAGCUGUGUCCUUGCUCGGGGGAGGUCACACGUACGUGCAUUCAGCUCAGCCGCUCGCAUGGCAGUCUGUGCUGCUCCAGGACACGCUCCUUUCCGGUGUUUUUGACGCACAGUUUGUGUCCUGCUGACCAGACCCCCUGCUCACAGGUAAAUCACAGCCAACCCUCCAACUUAGGAGCCCUGGGCUGCAAACCGAGCUGCUAACCUGCAAACUCAGCUGUUGCUGCUGCUUCCUCUGUGUCCUCUUUCUCCAAAGUUGUCACUUUGUCCUUUUCCUUCCUCCCCCCUAAACUCACAUGCCUCUCAGACAGCUUGCUCUUACUGUCUCUCUGUUGUUGCAGAUCUUCUUGAGCUAAAAGGAUGAAAAUUGGCUAUUGGAAGGCCACUGUCACUCUGCUGAGCUUCAUCCCAACUUCUGCGUCCCAGCUGAUGUCUCUGGGUGCACAAGGCUAGCGGGAUGGUCGGCCACCGGCGCUGCCAUGUCGUCCCUGACGACCUCCAAUGAGGGAGAGAACCCCGCUCCCCGGUUUGUAGUCGGUUCCCGGGACGAUGAGACAGACUUCCUGGGAUCAAACACAAAGAUGGAUGAAACGGACUUCUUUGAAGAUGAUGAAGAGGAGGAGUCGCCGCCUGAACGGCAGAUUGUUGUUGGAAUCUGUGCCAUGACCAAAAAGUCCAAAUCAAAGCCCAUGACGCAGAUUCUGGAGCGUCUGUGCAAGUUUGAGUAUAUCACAGUGGUGAUUAUGGGGGAGGACAUUAUUCUGAAUGAACCAGUGGAGAAUUGGCCUCCUUGCGACUGCCUCAUCUCCUUCCACUCCAAAGGAUUCCCGCUGGAUAAAGCAGUUGCCUAUGCCAAGCUGUGCAAGCCGUUCUUGAUUAAUGACCUUGAUAUGCAAUAUUAUAUCCAGGACAGGCGUGAAGUGUAUCGGAUCCUUCAAGAAGAGGGAAUAGACCUGCCCCGCUACGCUGUGCUCAAUCGAGACCCUGACAGACCAGAAGAGUGCAACUUGGUGGAAGGAGAGGACCACGUGGAAGUAAAUGGAGCUGUUUUCCCAAAGCCGUUCGUAGAGAAGCCCGUCAGUGCUGAAGACCAUAAUGUGUACAUUUACUACCCAACCUCAGCAGGUGGGGGCAGCCAGCGGCUCUUUCGGAAGAUCGGCAGCCGGAGCAGUGUGUACUCCCCAGAGAGCAGCGUGAGGAAGACGGGCUCGUACAUUUAUGAGGAGUUCAUGCCUACGGAUGGCACUGAUGUAAAGGUGUACACUGUUGGGCCCGACUACGCCCAUGCAGAGGCUCGCAAAUCCCCCGCGCUGGAUGGGAAGGUGGAACGGGACAGCGAAGGGAAGGAAAUCCGUUAUCCUGUCAUGCUUACUGCCAUGGAGAAGCUGGUCGCUCGGAAAGUCUGCGUCGCCUUUAAGCAAACUGUCUGUGGGUUUGACCUCCUGCGGGCAAAUGGCCACUCUUUUGUUUGCGAUGUGAAUGGCUUCAGUUUUGUGAAGAACUCUAUGAAGUAUUACGAUGACUGUGCCAAAAUCCUCGGAAACAUAAUCAUGCGGGAAUUGGCUCCUCAGUUUCAUAUUCCCUGGUCCAUCCCAACAGAGGCAGAAGAUAUUCCUAUCGUCCCCACGACUUCUGGCACCAUGAUGGAGCUUCGCUGCGUUAUUGCAGUCAUCCGGCAUGGAGAUCGUACCCCAAAGCAGAAGAUGAAGAUGGAAGUGAAACAUCCACGGUUCUUUGAAUUAUUUGAGAAAUAUGAUGGCUACAAGACAGGGAAGUUGAAACUGAAGAAGCCAGAGCAGCUACAGGAAGUGCUGGACAUUGCACGGCAGCUUGUGGUGGAACUGGGAACCCAUAGUGACUGUGAGAUCGAGGAGAGGAAAUCCAAACUGGAGCAGCUGAAGAGCGUUUUGGAGAUGUAUGGACAUUUUUCUGGCAUUAACCGUAAGGUGCAGUUGACAUAUCUGCCUCAUGGACAUCCAAAAGCUGCAAGUGAAGAUGAAGAAGCUCGCAGAGAGCCUUCUCCAUCUCUUCUCCUGGUGCUGAAGUGGGGUGGAGAGCUGACACCAGCAGGAAGAGUCCAGGCAGAAGAGCUGGGGCGAGCCUUUCGCUGCAUGUACCCUGGUGGCCAAGGUGAUUAUGCUGGUUUCCCUGGAUGUGGCCUGCUCAGACUGCACAGCACAUACCGCCAUGAUCUCAAGAUCUACGCCUCAGAUGAGGGACGAGUUCAGAUGACAGCAGCAGCUUUUGCAAAGGGUCUGCUGGCCCUGGAAGGAGAGCUGACCCCCAUCCUGGUGCAGAUGGUGAAAAGUGCCAAUAUGAACGGUCUCCUGGACAGUGACAGUGAUUCUCUAAGCAGCUGUCAACACAGAGUGAAAGCACGACUGCAUGAAAUCAUGCAGAAGGACGCUGAGUUCUGUGAAGAGGAUUAUGAAAAGCUAGCACCUACAGGUAGUGCUUCUCUGCUCAACUCCAUGACCUUCAUCCAGAACCCGGUGGAGAUCUGUAACCAGGUGUUCACCCUGAUUGAGAACCUCACCUCCCAGAUACGAAAACGGUUGGAAGACCCAAAAUCUGCAGACCUGCAGCUCUACCACAGUGAGACUUUAGAACUGAUGCUGCAACGCUGGAGUAAGCUGGAGAGAGACUUUCGCAUGAAAAAUGGGCGUUACGACAUCAGCAAGAUCCCUGAUAUUUACGACUGCAUCAAAUAUGAUGUGCAGCACAACUGUGCUCUGAAGCUGGAAGGCACAGCCGAGCUCUUCCGACUCUCCAAAGCCCUGGCAGAUGUGAUCAUACCACAGGAGUAUGGAAUUAAUAAGGAGGAGAAACUGGAGAUUGCUAUCGGCUUUUGUCUUCCUCUAAUUAAAAAAAUCCAGUUGGACCUACAGAGAACGCAUGAAGACGAGUCUGUCAACAAACUACAUCCCCUGUACUCGAGAGGAGUGUUGUCACCGGGCCGCCACGUUCGGACACGGCUCUACUUCACCAGUGAGAGCCAUGUGCACUCUCUGCUCAGCAUCUUCCGCUAUGGGGGGCUCCUGGAUGAGAACAAAGACCAGCAGUGGAAGAGAGCCAUGGACUAUUUGAGUGCUAUCUCAGAGCUGAACUACAUGACCCAGAUUGUUAUCAUGCUCUACGAAGACAACAACAAGGACCCAUCUUCAGAAGAGCGCUUCCACGUGGAGCUGCAUUUCAGCCCUGGAGUGAAGGGCUGUGAGGAGGACAGAAACGUUCCCGCGGGAUUUGGCUUUCGGCCUGCCUCAGCAGAGAGUGAGGACAAGAAAGCAGACCAAGGCAGCCUGGAGGACCUCUCCAAAGAGAAGGGCAUGGAUGAGCCCGAUCGUGCCCAGCCAAGGUCUCCGCAGCCCUCCGAGCCCGUUGGAAUUCAGCGGAGAUCACCUCUGAUCAGGAACCGCAAGACGGGGUCGAUGGAGGUGCUUUCUGAAUCUUCUUCCAAAGGUUAUCGCCUCUUCAGCACUUACUCCAGGCAAGCUUCUGAGAUGAAGCAAAGUGGCUUAGGGUCACAGUGCACCGGGCUGUUUAGCACCACUGUGCUGGGAGGCUCCUCCAGUGCCCCCAACCUUCAGGACUACGCACGCAGCCAUGGCAAAAAGUUUGCCAGCAGCCUGACAUACAAAGACGGUUUUGAAGGCUGUUCCAUGGUUCCCACUAUUUAUCCCCUGGAGACCCUGCACAACUCCCUCUCUUUGCGGCAGGUCAAUGAGUUCCUGACGGCUGUGUGCAGGAGUUGCACUGAAUCACAUGUUCGGUCUACUGCAGCUUUGUUUGAUUCAAUGAUUGGCAGCCAAAUACCAGGGGACCCCUUUAUGUCUCAGCGAAUUCUAUCAUCAUCCUCUUUCCCAUUGCGCCAGAGGUCGGAUAAACCCCCUUGGUACAGCAGUGGCCCUUCCAGUACUGUCUCCAGUGCAGGCCCAUCCUCUCCAACCUCUUUGGACAACUGCAGUCGUUUCAACUUCACUGAGAAACUUUCCAUCAGUCCCCCCAAAAAUGAGGAGCAGCUGAGUAGCCAGUCCCCUGAACAAGGAGAGAGGCAGCCUGAUAGCAGAGGGCUUGGUGGGGAGGUGGGCAUGUCUGGGUUGCCGGUGACGGAGCCCAGUGCCCCAGAGACCUGGAGUAAGGACCCAGAGCCAGGUGUGCUCCCAGAACUGUGCAAGAAGGAGUUGGCAAAGGAGAACUCUAACCUGGAGGAAAAAAGUAUGGUAGAGGUGGAAGAAGAUUCAGCUGAGGAAAUGUUAGAUACAAUUAACGUAGGGAAACCAAAGAGUGGUGCAGAGUCUGAAAUGAGGCCAGCUGGGGAGAGAGUGAAGCCAGAUGAGGGAGAUUUAGAGGUAAUGACUGGCCUGGAUCAAUCAGGGCUGGCCAAGAACAUCUUGGUGCCCUGUGAUGAGGAGCUUCUGGGAGAAGAGUUGGACCCAGAGCAUGCGGGUGAGGAACCAUCUGUGGGGCACAGUGCUCUGUCAGACCAGCUUCUGUCUGGUCAGCUGUGUUGGGAGCAACCGCUGCUUCUUGAGGCAAGUGUGGAGGGGCUGCAGCCACCACGUCGGGAGGAUCAGCAGAACUAGCAGCUCACUGGACAGCACUCUGCGAGCGCUUCCAGCCUGGAGGCAGCCAACUUCCUGCACAGCACUUCAUGCAGAUGGUUGUCUACGGAACAAGCCAUGUCCCAGGUCCAUAGGACUCCAGGUUGUGGAAGAGUCUGCUCUGCUUCUACACAAGCCAGCUCUUUGCCAUCCAGCAAGAGACAGUACUUCAUCUGCCAUGUUAAACAAACAACAAAUGCACCUCCAUUGAGCAGGGAUGUGGCACUGUGUUGGUUCAGCGUCUCCCUAGGGCUGUACGCUCACUGGAACAGUGGAGGAUUGGUAGAGCUGAGGCUUUUGGAGUGGUGAGUCCGGAGGAGACAAAUGCUCCCUGGAAAUUAGUAGGCCCACAGCCUUUAGGGAAGGCAUUCUGGGCUCAAAAGUAAUCGGGUUCUUCACAACCAUCAGCCUCCUCUCUGUUCCUUCCUUCUCCUUCUCUUGAUCCCCACUAUUGGCUGCCAAAAACUGAUCCAGAGAGGCAGUAGAGGGAAGAAUAGGAAAAGGAGAAAGCAUUCUGAGUGAGUUUGAGAAGGAGAGCAAUGAGAAGAACAGGUUCAAGACUGCUACUUGCAAGAAGACCUCUCUCUGGAGUGGACUUGAAUGUUUUACUGCUGGGCUGGGCUGGCAGGAGCCAGGGAUCCAGCCAGAGAGAGGUGUGCAGGGAGGACACACACGGGUUUUUCUAGUCCCCAAGGGUCAUGUGAGGUAAAGCUUUGAACUCUUGGUGACAGAAAUUAAGAGAAACUGCUAUUUGAGCAAAUCAGGAUUAUUAGAAACCAAUAAGAAGAAAACUUUAUUCUAUAUAAAAUGAGAAAUAUUUAAUACAUAUUUAUGUAAAUGAGUUGUGAGCACAAGCCUGAGGGCAACGUUGACACAGCUGUCCCUGCCACAUCCUGAGUGCAGGACAGGGCUGUGCCUCUUGCGCCUCCUGUAUUUAUGGACAAGUCUGCGUGUUUGUCUGUAGCUACGAUAUACGUUUUUGUGAAGCUCUGCCCAAAGAUCUCUGUGCUGUGUUGUGAUGUGUGUUCACAGUAAAUUUCUGCUGUGGGUCUUGUGUCUGUCUUAGCUGACUCGUGCAGCAGUGUGCUUGUGCCAGAUCCCGCUGAUGCUCAGGGCAGCAAACCUUGCUUGUUCUUGGUCAUUCUGGAGGAAGAAGAAACUGUGAUCAAGACAAGUCACUGCUGAAGUGAGUGCGUACAUGUGGGGUUUGCUUGAGAAAGCCAGAUGCUUCUUUUCAUUCUCCUUGUUUGAAGAACUGAUCGUAUGGGGGAAGAGGUCCUGGCUGCCCAGGACCCACAGUGGUUUGCCUUCUCAGGACCCUCAGGCAAUGCCUGUGUACUGUUCCUGCAG